AUGUAUGCAAAUUAUCAUGUAUUGAUGGUUGAGAUCAUGGAUGAACAUGGAAGUUCUGUUUUUGAUUACAAAUACAUACAAAUUGUUAAUCAGCCAAAGAUCAAAUCUGUUAAAUUUGAUAAGAAUGUUUAUUUACUGAAUGAACUUGCAACGGUUACAAUAGACUACUCUGAUGUUGAUAAAGGAAAAUAUUUAAUGUUCUACUAUGUUGUUGAUGAAAAAACAUAUACAAUGUGGAGUGGAGCCAAAUCAAACGGAAAUGAUCAAACAUCUUAUCAAAUAACAUUUAUUCCAUUUGAUCUUAAACCUGCCCUUAAAUCGUUCCAGUUUUACGUAACAAGCAGGAAUAUUUUAAGAGAAGAAAAGUAUAAAAAUUCUGAUUCACCUGUUAAAUCAAUUCCACUCACAAUUACUUUCUCUCCAACACUUACUCUAUAUGAGCUCAGUGAAACGGUUUAUUCAAGUGAAGAAAGGAUAAAAUUUUCUGGAACACUUAAAUGCGAUUUGCUUGCAUAUAUUGAAUUUUGGGAUGGUGCAACAAGUGUUGGAAGAAUUGGUCCAUUUGAAUCUGGCACAAUAGCAAAUACUAUUUGGGAACUUCCGCAAACAAUGAAAUAUGGAAGUUAUAAUCUUGUCGCUAGAGCAAUAGACAAAAAUAAUUAUGAAUCAGAAGAAGGUGUUGAUAUCUUCAUUCAAAUUAGGAACAAACCUACAAUAACAUCUGUAACCAAUUACAAUACAGUUAUUCCAGAAGAUGGAUAUUUCUUCGGAUAUGCUCAUGUUAAUGAUCCUGAUGAAGGUAAACCAAUAAUCAUUUAUGGCCGCAUUAAUAAUGAUGGUGACACAUUUAUUUUAAGUAAUAAUUAUAAGACAUCAGAUGGAGGAAGUGAUCAAUAUUUCAGUAUGUUAAAUUAUCUUCCAGAAGAUGUUACUCUUUAUGUCUGGGCAUCAAGUUCAUAUAAUAAAAAUAAUAAAGAUAAGAAUGUAGUUUCAAAGGAAUAUCCAAUUCCAUUAUAUAUUACGGUUUAUCCAACAUUUGAAGUUACAUACUUGACAAACGAGGAAUACUUCUUGCCAAAUUCAACAAUUGAUUUUGCAUACAAAGUUUCAGAUGAUCAAGAAGUCAGCAUUGAUGUAUACUAUAAUUCAUUUUCACGUGUGCACUCAUCUCAGAAAAUCACUCUCAAGAAUGGAAAGGCAAGUGGCAAGAUUUCAUUUAGAAUCCCAGAAGAUGCUGAUAUAACUGACGAGCAUUAUAUUAUUCCAUAUGCUGUUGAUAACUUUGGAUAUAAGACACCUGGACCAUUCUAUGUUUUCAUGGUUCAGAAUAGACCAAAAAUAAAUAAAGUUGAAUUCAAUCCAAAGUUUGGUCUCCAAUCAGAAGAUAUCAGCGUUGAGAUUUUAUAUGAUGAUGUUGACAAAGGCAAAGUUCUUUACGGAUUCAUGCAAAUUGACAAUAGAAAAGUUGAGAAACCUUUCACAAGUUUCAUAUCCAAUGGAACUCUUAACCAAAUCGCCAAAAGUGGAAUUCAUAUUGAAUCAAAUGAAACUAUUGGUUCAAAGAAUAUUAAAUUCUGGAUUUCAUCUAGCAAAGAUGUUGAAUACAGGAAUAAUCUUGUUGUUUCAUCUCCACAAUAUGGUGCAACCCUCCAGGUAACAUAUAAACCAUCAAUGAAGUUAAGUAAACCAGAGAAGAAGGUUUAUAAAGAUGGAGAUAAAAUCAUUGUUGUAGGUUCUUUGAACUCUCAUACAGAUGUAACAUUAUUGUACUUUAUUGACCAGGAACAAUUAAAUGAAACCACGAAGAUUACUGUUGAAAGUGAUCCUCAGGCAUUUACGACAUUUGUUACUAUUACAUAUAAUUAUAAGUACGGAAAAUAUCAAUUCAGUGUUUUGGCGGAAGAUUCUAAUGGACAGAGAACUAAUCUCCAAAGUAUGGAAUUUGAAAUCCAUAAUCCACCACGAAUUCGUUCAUUCCAGAUUGAAAAUGAUGUCAUUAAACCAGGAGACAAAUUGAACGUUAAAGGAAAGGUAUUUGAUUCUGAUAUGGAUGACGAAAUCCGUAUCUUCUAUAAGAUUGAUCAAAGAUCCGACCAGCUUCUAUUAACGUUAUUAUCUGAUUCAACUGAAAUGUCAUUUGCAGAGUCAAUUACUCUUCCAUAUGAUAUUGAGUUAGGUGAUCAUACUCUUCAUCUUCAUUGCCGUGAUAAAGACAAUGAAAAAUCUGCAAUAGUUUCAAUAGCAUUCACUGUCUCGAAGAAGGCUGACAAUAAUGGCGGCGAUAGCACAGAUCCAUCAGGAGGCAAUUCAACCUCUGAUAAUUCUAAUUCAUCAAACUCAAAGAAGACAAGAGCAAAAUUUGCAGGACUUUAUGCUGGUAUCGCAAUUGUUGUCAUUGUUUUCAUUGUUUUGGUUAUUAUUGCAGUCCUUUUGCUCAUCAGAGGAAAGGGUAAUCAAAAUAAUGAAUCUGCAAGUGAUCAAGACUUCCAAGAAAAAGAGACACAAAUCAUUAGUAGCACAACAACAGCAUCAGUUAACCCAGACGAAGUUGCAACACAUGAUAAUCCGUUAUUUAAUUCAACAGAAAUAACUCAUGACAAUGAUCCAUUUUCUGAUGAAUUUGAAGAGCAGAAUCCUUAA